AUGUCAACAAACCUUUCUAUAAAUCUAAAAAGAGCUAGCAAAAUUUAUAAUGAAGGAGAAACUAUAGCAGGAGUUGUGAUCGUUGAAAGUAACAGUGAUGUCAGACAUGAAGGUCUCACUCUGGCCAUGGAAGGGUCUGUAAACUUGCAAAUCAAUUCAAAGAACACUGGAAUUUUUGAUGCGUUUUCCAAUAGCAUUAAACCAAUAACCUUGGUCAACACAUCUAUGGAACUAGCUCCAGCAGGAAAAAUUCCAGUUGGAGUCACAGAGAUACCAUUUGAAUUGCCACUUAGAGGUAGACCUAGUUCAGCAGGUUCUGGAUUGUUGGAGACAUAUCAUGGAGUUUUUGUCAGUGUUAUGUAUACUUUGAAAUGCUGCAUGAAACGUCCAUACCUGAACAAACCACUAAAUGCUGGAUGUCAGUUCUUUGUUCAAUAUAAACAUCAAGAACCAGCACCAUUGAAGCCAGUGCGUUGUGAAAUAACACCAGCAUCUAUUUUUGCGUCAGGAACAGCUACACGAGCUGCAAUGCCUAAUUUUCAGCUAUAUGCCGAGAUUGACUCUACAGUUUGUGCCCUUGAUAAACCUAUUACUGGCAAGAUUCGUGUGGAUGACUGUUCAGUACCCAUAAAGUCAAUAGAAUUACAACUAGUACGAGUAGAAACUUGCGGAUCUAGUGAAGGUUAUGCCAGAGAUGCCACUGAGAUCCAAAACAUCCAAGUAGGUGAGGGAGACGUUUGUCGUUCCCGCGAUGUCCCCUUAUACAUGGUUCUUCCUAGACUUUUUACAUGCCCUACUACCACAACUACAAACUUUAAAAUUGAAUUUGAGCUAAAUAUUGCUGUUAUAUUUGAAGACGACUAUUUAGUGACAGAAAACUUUCCUAUACUAUUGUUAAGAUGUAGAUAA